UGCGGUCUAAUGCUACGGCAGUUGUGUUUACGUCUCCUGCUCUUUGAAGUGAACACUUCUACAACACUUUAAGUGGACAUUUAGUCAGUAUAUUUUUGCCCUAAUGCUUUGCGUAUUCUGGUGGUAAUUCAUAUGUAUAGGCUGUAAAUUAAUGUGUAGAAUACCAUAUUGUCGAGGUACGAGUCUAUUACUAAACAUAUGACAUUGCCAGGUCACGAUCCUCACCUGUUUAGGUGGAGGAGCCUCGACAAGAAGAAAAUAUCUUCAGGCAAGGUGCAUGCGAGGAAUGGGGAUAUUGCUCAGUGGAGGAAGCGAGUAGAGAUGGCCUCAGAGUUUGCUGUGUCUGAAGUGUUCUCCCAUAAGAAACCUCAAUCGGGGAGCAGCAGCAGCAGUCGAGGCGUACCGUUGCUAAGCUCCGACCUUUUAAGAGAUCAUGAUGACUCUUACAGUGAAGCUCAGGCUCUUCUUGGUGAUUGGCUGAGCAGUAGAUUACGACUGGAGCUGGAGAUGGAGGAGGAAGAUGACCUUAUGUGCUCCGCCGAGAGUGGAGGCCCUGCCGCACUGGCUUGCGCUCAGCCUUCCGCCCUAAACUGUGAAAACUUCAAUGAUUUCUACAGCUGCCUGGCUGAGGAAGAAGAGCACAGCACUGUUAACGGCGUCCUACAAGACCUGAUGGAGCAAGAGGUGUUGGACUCGGGGAUGAUGGAGGAACUAGCUCUGGAUGUUGGACAAAGCAGGAAGAAGUUCAGAAACCCGCUCAUCACCAUGGAAGCAAGGCAUCAGCAGGUGCAAGAGACCAGGGCCCGGCGUGACGCUGAGAGGCAGAGGCAGCAGAGAGAGAGGGAGGCCCAGCGUGUUGCCAGAGAGGAGGCGAAGAAGAACGAGCGCGAGGAGGAGACGAGGAGGACCCGGGAAGCGCGGAGGCAGGAGGAGAUGGUGCAGCAGGAGAUGACGCGGCUGCGACGCCAGAUGGAGGAGAGGCGAGGCCUGGAACAGCUGGUUAGACAGAGGGAAAGGAAGAGAUUGGAAAGGCAGAAGGCUGCAAGCAGCCUCCAAUCAGCUCCAACACUUUCCACAAAGCAGCAGGAGGACACAGAGCGACUGCACAAAGAGCAUAAAAUUCAAAACAUUGUUCACAUGAACAAUCUUAAGUGUUUGCAGAGGCAUUUAUCUGGAUGGUAUUCAGUCGCGUUGGACCGACGGCUGCAAAUGGGUAAGGCCACGGCCCUAUCUGACUGGAAGAUGCAGCUGAGAGCGUGGCGAUCGUGGCGGACCGUGGUGUGGGCAGAACAAAAGCAGCGACAAGUGGUGAGAACAGAGGAGGAACUACGAGCGGAACACAGACGAUGCCAGCUGGCCGUGGAGAGUGACCGAAGGCGUUUGCUGCGACAUUGCCUGAACAAGUGGCAGCUAUGGUGUCGGACGGCGAGGGAACAACGAGAGCUUUUGGCCCAGCAGCAGGAAACCCGCAGCAAAAUGGCCGCUUUAAUCAGCGCUGCAUCAACAGGCAAACUCAGUGCCACAGCGACCCCCACUUCUCAACCAACGAUGACCUCACCCGAGGCAUCUAAUCAACCAGAGACCACAGAGAAGAGCGAUCACCACAGGUCAGCCACUUUAACCCCCGACGCCUCCGCAACACAUCAGGACAAGACACUGGCGGGCGCCGCUGCCCAGCCUGCCCAACCGUGGCAAAUGACCCGCAGGCAUGUGGCUCCGACUGCCGCCAAACUUCGCGGCGCACGGUCAAGAGGUGACGGCGGUGGCUCCGACUGCUCGAAAAGCGCCGCUUCGCCCGGCGGCAGGUUCGAGAGCAGACACGCCGCCCAGCGGCAGAUCAUUGCGCAGCAAAGGGAGCAGCUGAAGGAGCAGGGAGAGCAAAUUGUGCGGCUGAGGGAGGAGCAGAGCAUGAAGGGUCUGAAGCUUGAGAUGGAGAAAACUGCACAGCUCUCACAACUGUCAGCGCCAGGGGGCUCGAGACCAUGGAGUCACAACUCUGAAGGCAAGGAGCAGAGGGCACCGAGAGUUAGUGGAGAGCCUGACAGUCGGCCGACACCUCCGAGGAAGGCUGUCAAGUGCCAGACAUGCCCUCAUCCAAUCAUCACGGCCAUGGAGGCCCGCGCACAUCAACGCGCAGAGCGGAGAAAGCAAGUCGAGGAACUCAAGAGACAGAAGGAAGAGGAAAAGCUGGCUGAGAUGAAAGCGGCUGAGGAGCAGAAACAGUGCGAGGAGGAGGAGGAAAAACGCCGGGCCGCCGAAAAGAGGAAGGAGGAGAGAAGGCUGGAAAGAGAGAGGGAGGAGGAAAAGCAGACGCAACUGAUAAGGCAACAGGAGUUCCUGAAGGUAGCCUGUCAACACUACCACAAAACCCUGUUGCUACAGCGAGGCCUGGCCCCAUGGAAACGCCUCAUUCAGCUCAGACAAGCCAACACACAGCUGGCCAAGAGUCAUCACGACCGCCUCCUCCUGAAGCGGUGCACACUGGGCUGGCAGCAUUCUGCACAAGAGUCCCUGUCUGAGAGAGAAGCUUCUGCCGACCGACUGCAGCGGCACUUUCUGCUCCGGAGGAGCCUAAGCUGCUGGAAAAGACUGAAGGACUGGCGGGUGAUUCAGGAGGAGCAGGCGGAGCGUUUCCACCGCGAACGCAGCCUGAGGAGGUUCAUGCUGGCGCUGCUGGACCACGUGGCCCAGCAGAGGCUGGUGGAGUGGGACCGCCAGGCGCUGGCUCAGGAGCACAACAACAGACGGGUGCUGCAGCGAUGUUUCCUGGCCUGGAGGCGGCUUCCGUGUGCGCUGCGCAAGGAGAGGGAGAGGGAUGAGCGGCGGGAGAAGCUGGGACGGAAAGUGACUGAGGUCCUGCCCGACUUCUGCUCACAUCCACUGUAAAAGCCUCUGGGAGAGGUCGUCGCUGUUGGAGAGAUGAACCACAGCACACUCACACAGACAUCACACAAACAUCUCAAUGACCGUGGAGAGGACACUUACAUACUCAUUUCUCAUUAAUUUAAUACAAAUAAAUUGAAAUUCAUUUCAUUCAAA